AUGCCUCUUCAUUGUGCAGCAGGAGAGAGUGGUGCAGCUCCUGUCGUGGAGAAGUUCGUCGAGUGGGGCGGCGACGGUCUGUUGGAAGCUCAGGAAUUCACGGUACAGCUCGAUCAGAACGUGAAAGAGAGACCGCCCUUUUACUCUCUAAGUCAGGCAAAGCGCACUCCUCUUUACUACGCAGCAGGUCAACCACUUAUAUAGAUGGACUAUUUCACAAAUCCUUCUUUGUUGUCCUUCAGCAAAUGACCAUCUUGAAGUGGUGGAGUGGAUAUUGAAGAGGAACCCAGACCUGCUGAAGAUCGGGGGUGUAGUAAGCUGCACUGCACUGACCAAUGCGUGUCGAAACCGUCUCUGCUCAUAACUCUGACAGGACGGAAAGACGCCGCUGAACAUUGCCAAGCCAAAAGCCGUUGCUGUAAUGGUCGCUGUGGCUGGAACCACGGUCAUGGAGCUCCUUACAAGUGGUAAAUCGCCAGAGCCUCAUGGACUUUCGGGAGUGGUACCGGGCGUGAAACGAUUCCUGAAGGACGGCAGUGAGUCGCCGGGCCUGGACACCCUUCGGUGGUGUUCCGUGUUUCGCCAACUGAUGCAGUCGCGGCCAAAGGAUUCUCUCGCAGAGUAAGAGAAGUCUCGCAGCCAGAGCCUCUGUAUCCGUUCUGCUUGAUGGGCCUGCAGUGAUCUUAUGAACAUAGCAGACUGGCAGGAGGUAAAGAAGAAAACAGAGCAUCCAUCACUUCUGAGGCGUCGAAUUAGCUCAGGCGUUCACGGCAUUCUGCGCCGAUACAGAUGAAGCGCAGUUCCAAUACUUACUUGGGGGCAAAGAGAAAGAGUGGUUUGCGCUGCUGGAAUCUGCAGAGCCCCUGCAAGUGGUCAUACAAGGUGAGCCUCAUAAGAGCCUGACUCCGUCGCCCGCUGCAUGUCUCCUUCUCCGUGCUCUGGAUCCCUGCGACAGCCAACUCCGUCGCAUUCGUGACAUGCUUUUGGCGAAACAGAUAUACUCUCUCGGACGACGAGCUGUCGCAAAUGCUGUCGCCCCGCAUAGUUUUCUUCACCCGAGCGCUAUCCAUGCUUCUGAUGUGGCUAGCAUAUCAAUGAAGCAACUAGUCACAUGGCAUGGCAUCCCUUUGUGUGUGUCAGGGUGGCCUUCGUGCUGCUCCACAUCCAGUCGAUCAAAGAGGACAGCGGUGUGAUGUUGACGUGGCUAUGGGGUACAGUGCUCACAGGUGCGGACAGAGUGACACACAUGUUGAUCAGGCAUGUAUCGUCACAUGUUGAUCAGGUGUGGGAUUCAUCCUGCUGGAGACGUUCCAAGUGCAGAGACAUGCUUGAUCAACAUGUGUGUCACUCGGUGCGUGUGUACUUGCAGGCCAUCCGCUUGAAGGCUUCGUACUGGGCAGACUCAUGGUGUGCGUCAGGCGUGCAAUGCCAACUGUGCUGGCCUUCAUCUGUGCAUCUGCGUGCUGUUGGUGUGGGCUUCAGGAACAUCAUCGACUUCGCGUGCUCCCUGUCAAUCGCAGGCUUCAUUGCCAUUCACUUCGCUGGCUGGUCGUCGUCGGCGGAAAUGAGCUCAGGGAUAGUGAUCGCGCUCGGCUUUGCCUUGCGCCUCCUGCAAACUGCCUCUCUGCACCCCGCCGUCGGGCCACUCAUCCUGUGAGGCGGCUAAGGCAACCAGGAUUGUGUCUAUCAUUGUGCUGUUGUCAACCAUUUGAUGUAUUCUCAAAUGGAUCAGGGCCAUUCUGAGGAUGCUGUCGGACAUCAGCAUCUUCCUGUUUGUAUAUCUUUACAUCCUGAUGGUAUUCGCCGGGAUGUUCACUCUUCUCUCAUCCGAUGGAGACAGCGAAUACUUCGGCAACUACGGCAAAGCCAUGCUCACACUGUACGUAUAUGUGUGUGUGGAUGAAAAGAAGACUGCGCCACUCACAUGGCUGCAGUUUCUACGCCGGCCUUGGAGACUUUAAUGCCGCCUUGGACAAAGCCAUCGAGAGCCACGACACCGUGCGCACCGUCCUGCUGUUCAUCUACGUCGUCCUGUCAUCCAUCAUACUCUGA